UCGAUAAUGACUCUUUUCUCCAUUCGAUGUUUCAACUUUUGUGCGAACGGUUUGCGAUCAAGUAACUGAAAAUGGCGGUGAACUGGGGAGGCCUUAUUGGCGUUAUUGUCUUCUAUUUAAUCAUUCUGGGAAUUGGAUUGUACGCCUCAAAGAAAACUAAAGGCAGUACUUCUAUGGAUGACGUGAUGCUUGCAGGAAGAAGUAUUGGACUCUUUGUCGGUGUUUUUACCAUGACAGCUACUUGGGUCGGCGGUGGAUUUAUCAAUGGUACUGCUCAGUCGGUGUAUGAUUCGGGGCUAUUGUGGGCGCAAGCUCCUUGGGGGUACUCGUGUAGCCUUAUUAUAGGUGGACUUUUCUUUGCGAAGAAAAUGAGAGAGCAAGGCCACGUGACACUGUUGGACCCUUUUCAAAUUAAAUUCGGUAACAGAAUGGGUGGACUCCUGUUCCUGCCAGCUCUAUCGGGAGAGAUCUUCUGGUCUGGCGCCGUUCUUGCAGCUCUGGGGUCAACGUUCAGUGUAAUUUUGGAUAUAGACACAAAAAUAGCCGUCAUCGUCUCUGCCUGUAUAGCUAUGUCCUAUACAUUGUUUGGAGGUCUCUAUUCAGUGGCCUACACUGACGUUGUUCAGUUGAUAUGCAUAUUUUUUGGUUUGUGGUUGGCUAUUCCGUUCGCUUUGACAAACGAACACGUCACAAGUAUCAGCGAGACGAGUUCAACCUGGCUAGGUACCUGGGAGAAUCGAUACGCUGGUGUGUGGUGCGAUCUCGGGUUACAGUUGGUUUUUGGAGGCUUGCCAUGGCAGGUGUACUUCCAGCGCGUGCUGUCUGCAAAAACUGCGCGGUAUUCACAGGUUUUGUCAUACGCUGCAGCACUUGGCUGUAUGAUCAUGACAAUUCCUUCAGUAUUAAUCGGAGCCAUAGCUACAAGUACAAAUUGGAAUGAAACAGACUAUAAACAAGGCAUUACAGACAGCAAUAUUGUUCUACCACUAGUCUUACAAUACCUAACACCUCAGGUUGUCUCGAUCAUCGGCCUGGGUGCCGUCUGUGCAGCUGUAAUGUCUUCGGCCGAUUCUUCCCUGCUCUCGGCUAGUUCCAUGUUUGCUCGUAAUAUAUACAAACUUCUGAUACGACAAAAAGCAAGCGAAAAUGAGAUCAUAUGGGUGAUGAGAGGUUCAGUUAUCGUCUCGGGAGCCAUUGCCACCACAUUGGCAAUUACAAUCAACUCAAUAUACGGGCUGUUUUACCUCUGUUCUGACUUCGUAUACGUCGUUCUGUUUCCACAACUCCUCUCCGUCGUUUACAUUGACUUCACGAACACUUAUGGCUCUCUUUCCGCCUUCAUCGUCGGAUUGAUAUUAAGACUUGGCGGCGGCGAACCAUUGUUGAAUCUCAAGCCAUUCAUCGAAUAUCCGUUUUUCGACGACGGUGAACAGUUAUUUCCGUUCCGUACAUUUUCAAUGCUUAUGGCACUGACGACACUGGUUCUUAUCUCCCUUUUGUUUCACUAUCUGUUUACCAAAGAGAUUCUGGACAAGAAGUGGGACGUUUUCAAGUGUGUGACAAAUGUCCCACCACCCAUAGUCGAUACUAUAAAAAUGAAAUCCAUAGGUGUUGACACGGGAGAUGAUUUUGACACAGAAGUACAAGAUUAUGACGGUUUAUCAAAAGAGUCUGAAGUCAAGGCUGGAUUGGAUAACCCUGGUGCGGUGAUUGAAUCCUAAAGUUAUAAAGUACUUACGUCACCAUGAUAAAUGCUAAACAUUGUAUUGUUGGAGAUGUACUUUUCGGUGUAGGCCUAAAAAUGGAAUCACCAUUCUUCAAAACACACACGUAAUAUUACAUUAGAAUAACAUGUCUCAGACUAUAAAUCAAUGGUUUUUAAAUUGUUAGUGUCAAAGUCGUACUGUUAAGAAUAAUUUUUGCAGGGGUCACAUGUCUCCAGGGAGUCGCGCAAACCAUCCGCUGGUCGGGGGGCCUACCACUCGCAUCAGCAAGCUCGAUUCAUUGUAAGUCAAGUGUCCACAUCCUACCACACAAUUCCAAGGGCUACUACAAAGGGCUCCAAUUAGCUCAUUCCUUUGCGUUAAGUAAUUAAUUCGCGACUAUUAUAACCUACAGCUAAUGUUUUGAUUUCAUUGUAGUAUGUUGUAUGCAGAUCUAUCCGAAAUAAAUAGGCGAACGUUUCUCAUAAUGUAUGCUUAAAAUACAUUUUUUGAAUACACUAUUUAUAUAUCAACAGAACACAUGCUCCAGACUAACAGCGCUUAGUGAGCAACGUAGAUGCUCUGUUUAUAUCAAUCUGUAGGUCCAAAUAAUUAGCCUAUUUUGUCGAUAUUUUCGUAGUCGAUUGCUUAUUACAAUGUUAAGAGUUGUUUGGAGCGCAUGAAACACUUAGUGAAUUAUUAAUAAAAAUACACUACCUUGAAAUAAUAA